CAAUUAGAAAGUUGGUUUGAUUAGAUUAGGCGAUGAAUUGCGGUGCAUUUUACCAAAACUAUCUUUGUACUAAAGAGAAAGGCAACCGAAUCCGAAAGAACACGGAUCGAUAGGCGGAAGGAAGAAUCCAAUCCGCCGAUUUGCUGCUAGGAUUUCGAUUCGAAUCCAAGAAUUUGGGUAUCAUCAAUGGCCGGCCUAUCGCUCCAGUGCGGAGACUGUGGCGUACUCUUGAAAUCCGUAGAAGAAGCUCAACAACAUGCCGAACUCACUUCUCACUCCAACUUCUCCGAGUCCACCGAAGCAGUGCUCAAUCUCGUCUGCACUGCUUGUGGCAAGCCCUGCCGAUCCAAGACGGAAAGUGAUUUGCAUACGAAAAGGACUGGCCAUACCGAGUUUGCUGAUAAGACUUUGGAGGCUGCAAAACCAAUAAGUUUGGAGGCUCCAAAGGUAGAUGCGGAAGCAGAAGAUGGCGGAGAUGCAAGUGCUAGCAAGUCUGAAGAAAUGGUUGUGCCAGAGGUGAACAAAAAUAUAUUAGAGGAACUUGAAGCUAUGGGCUUUCCAACAGCACAAGCAACCCGUGCACUCUUUUAUUCUGGUAAUUCUAGUCUUGAGGCAGCAGUCAAUUGGGUAGUCGAACAUGAGAAUGAUCCGGAGAUAGACCAGAUGCCUUUGGUUCCCAAGGACACAAAGGUUGAGGCUCCAAAGCCUUCGCUUACACCUGAGCAAUUGAAAGCAAAACAGCAGGAGCUAAGGGAACGGGCUAGGAAGAAAAAGGAGGAGGAAGAGAAGAUAACUGAAAGAGAAAGGGAAAAGGAGAGAAUUCGAAUUGGCAAGGAGCUCUUAGAAGCGAAAAGGAUCGAGGAAGAAAAUGAGAGAAAAAGAAUAUUAGCCUUGAGAAAAGCUGAAAAAGAAGAAGAGAAAAGAGCCAGGGAAAAAAUUCGUCAAAAACUUGAAGAGGACAAGGCAGAAAGAAGACGGAGGCUUGGAUUGCCACCAGAAGAUCCUUCAACUGCAAAACCUCCGGCACCUGUUGUUGAAGAGAAAAAGUUGUCUUUACCGGUUAGACCUGCUUCAAAGGCAGAGCAAAUGAGAGAAUGUUUGCGAUCAUUAAAGUCCAAUCACAAGGAGGAUGAUGCUAAAGUGAAGAGAGCGUUUCAAACCCUUCUAACUUAUGUGGGAAACGUGGUGAAAAGUCCUGAUGAAGAGAAGUUCAGAAAAAUUAGACUUAGCAACCAAACUUUCCAGGAUAGAGUGGGUGCACUGAGAGGAGGAAUUGAGUUUCUAGAGCUGUGCGGGUUCGAAAAAAUCGAAGGCGGUGAGUUCUUGUUUCUGCCCAGAAACAAGGUUGACAGGGCAGUGCUCAAUUCAGCUGGUUCUGAGCUCGACUCUGCUAUUAAAAAUCCUUUCUUUGGCGUCCUCUAAUUUCACGUUUCAGAGAAAAAAAAUAUUUUAGUACUCUUUUUUUGGGUGUGGAAUAUGGUCCAGAUUGAUGUUGAUAUUUUGUUCUUUGGUGACACUAUACAUGAAGAAAGAUUUAGUGCAUUAACUCCUUAAAUGGUGGUCUCAUAUUGUUUGUUUCGGUGA